UCUACCUACCCUGCUAUCAUCAGUACAGCUGGUGUUGGCAUAGCAGUGGCAGUGCGGGCGCGAAAUGAGAGUACGAUCAGUGUAGUCGCCAAUCGUGUUCCGCUGUAGCAGCUGUCGUUGCAUUGGUAACGAGAAAAAUAGCCAAAAAAAAUGCGCGACAUGAGAGCAGCUAGACGAUAUCAGUCGGAUAGCGACGAUCGUCCCCCUUUCACCACUGGCAUAACCUCCUCGGCGAGCUCCGACAAGCUGGUUUGUGCCAAUUGAGGAGAAAACGGUACCUGCACAUGUACACGCGCUCGUACAUCCACUGCUGUAGACAGUAGCGCGGGAGAGAUUCGCACUCGGGAAGACAGGCCGAGAGGUAACACACAAGAGGGACGAUGCGUCGGGAGGACGAGAGAGGGAGAGCGGACGAGCGAGAGCGCUCGCUCGCUGCUGCCCUUGCCUCGGAGUAAGCCUGCCUCCCUUCUCUUCUGGGGAAAAAGCUCCUCGUUCGCCCGUCCGCUGCGAGCGUCCUUGUUUUUUCCCUUUUACUGAUCUUUACUAUCAAACCAAGUGCGCGACCGCUGCUGCUGUUUCAUCGCUUCCGUGUGUGGUUCCCUCUUACGAGGAAACAGAGGAAGAAGUGCAGGUGCGUCGAGCUUGCGGACAUGAGCGCGCCAGCCAGCCUCCUCGCUCCGAUACUCAUCUAAGGGUAGAGCGUAAUGACGACAGCAGAGGAUGGCGGCUCGGAGCUGCAAGAGCUGCAGUGGGGCACGAACGACGGUCUCGGCGGCCUAAGAGGUGGCAGCGGCGGUGGAGGUGGAAGCGGAGGUGGAGGUAGCAGAUCGCAUUAUCUACGAGGUGGUAGUUCUCACUUGCUGCGCGGCGGCUCGGGAGGCAGUUGUUAUGAGGCCGAGGACCUUGAGCCACCGUCGUCAACGAGGCACCACCACUCCUCAGCCCGCGAUCGGGGCUACUACAGUCCACCUGGUACGAGCUACACCAUCGUUGAAAGGCCACCUAGUGCGCCCCAUCAUCACUCGACACACGCCACUCCAUACAGGUCGCAUCGCUCGCAUGGCGCUACGGGGGCUAGUGGGGCCAUUUCGCCUGAGCAGGUUAUCAGGCUAUUCGGCAACGGACUGCACGAGCGCCGGCAAAACGAGAGGCGAACGCCAGCCUCGAGUCCAGCUUCGGUGGCGGCGUUGCGCAAUUCCUCGGCCAGCGUCGGGGGCGAGCGCAGCGCCGCGCAAUCAAACACACAAACGCCCCAGCCGCUUAGCUUGCAGGAGCUUCAAGUGCGCACUGUCACGAUGACCCGCGAUCCACCCGAUUCGCAUCACGGUUUCGGCAUUUGCGUCAAGGGCGGAAAAGACGCAGAUGCGCCGUCAGGGGUGGGAGUCUACAUCUCGCGGGUCGAGGAGGGCUCGGUGGCAGAGCGAGCUGGACUCAGGCCAGGUGACACCAUCUUGGAGGUGAACGGUACGCCUUUUCGGGCAGUGACCCACGAGGAAGCCCUCAAAAUGCUGAAAUCGUGCCGGAUGCUGAGCAUGACAGUGCGAGGGCCACCGAUAGACCCGCGCUGCCGGGGCAACCAUCCGAUCUACCCGGUGAAUCGACAGCAGACCUGCAGUUGGAUCGACAGGCAAGGGAGGCCAGCUUCGCCGCCACCCGUCAAUCCACGCGACUCGCGCUACGGUGGCGCGCGCACGCGCAAGGUCGACCUCUGCAUCGAGCACGGGCAAUCGCUCGGGCUUAUGAUCAGGGGUGGCCUCGAAUUCGGCCUCGGCAUCUACGUCACCGGCGUCGAUAAGGAUAGCGUCGCCGAUCGGGCUGGAUUGAUGGUGGGCGAUCAGAUUCUCGAGGUGAAUGGCCAGAGCUUCGAGGAGGCGAUGCACGACGAAGCGGUGCACAUACUGAAGACGAGCAAGCGCAUGAGCAUGCUGAUCAGGGACGUUGGCAAGGUGCCGCACUCAUGCACCACCGACCAGUCGAUAGUAGUGCCGGUGCCGAGGUAUCAGGACCACGACUCCCUGCUGCUCGAGAGCCCGGCCAAUCAUAGGCCCCCCAGUCCUGAGAGCGUGGAGUGGAGGCAUCGGGGACAGCAGCCGAUCUCCGCGGCUACGGUCGCGAUGGUCGAGGAGAAGGCACGGAUUGUGCUCGCGCGUAGCGAGCGAGCCGCGCUUUCUCAGCUCUUGAUUGACUACCGAGCCCGUCGAUUGACGGUCGAGGACUUGGUGGUGAGUCUGGAGGAUCUGCUCAAUACGCACGAAAAGCUCACGCUGCUCACAGAACUGAGGGAGCUUGUCGAGAGCAAAGACAGACCGGCCUUCGAUGAUCUCGUCUAUCGGCCGAGGCUACCGAGGAGAAAAAACGACAGGGCGCACAACUCGGAUUUAAUAGUGACGCCGUCGCUGCACGAGCUUCCGAGAGUCAUAGACAGCAGGACGGGACGACUCAUGGAGGUCGAUGGAGAUCCUCUUGGGGCUACGGGACCGCUUCUGCCCAGCCGAGGUAACCAGGAUUACCGCUCGCCCAGCGAGGACAGCGGCUUCGGGCCUGAAAUACCCAGGAUCAGAGGGGCAUACAAGCGAAGCCAGCAGCAUCAGGUCGCGACGUCCGACCUCGCUCUCUCCAACGACGACGAGUUCGAUAAUCAGGAUUAUGAUGAAGAGAUCGACGGCGAACGGAGCGGACGGCGUCACAGUUCGCCUGGACACUCACGUGGUAACCGGGACUACCUGCACCACCACAUGCACGCCGACAAUUUGGAGGGCGACGAUAUGUGCGAGUGUAGUGACGCCGAAAUGAUGAUCGGUAACGGGCCAAGACGGGAUCGCGAUCGCGGCGGCAAUAUCGAGGACGACGAGGACGAAGGCAGGGAGGAGAGGAGCUCGGAGAGUGGCGGUGGUGGAGGUUUCGGUGGUUGGAAGAACCACCUGCUUGGUGGGCUGACCCAGCGCGUCAAGUCCUGGUACUGGGGCGCCAGACCCCUCGAACUCGCACACAAGCUGUCACGCAGCUUCGACAUGCAGGAGGCUCAGUUGCUGGACGAGGCGGCUAUCGGAGCUGGAGGUGUAGGUGGGGCUGGAGGCGCAGCUGGGGCAUCUCGACGCCAUCACAGUAGCCAGAGGAUAGCCCGAGGCCCGGGCGAUGGGCCUGAGAGAAGGGAAGAGGACGCUGCUGUUGUCGUGCCUGACGCGCAAGGUAAUCUACGUAUUACCAUCAAGAAGACCAAGCCACACUUGGGUAUCGUCAUUGAGGGUGGAUCUGAUACCAAGCAUUAUUUGCCGAGGAUAAUUCACGUUCACGAGAGUGGCUCGGCUUACGAGGCUGGCGGUUUGGAAAUCGGCCAACUGAUCUUGGAGGUUGACGGUCAAAAGAUAGAAGGACUUCGUCAUCACGAGGUGGCACGUCAGCUGGCGGAGGCGUACGCGCGCAAGGACCGCAACGAGAUCGAGUUCCUAGUCGUCGAAGCGAAAAAGAGCAAUCUUGAGCCUAAGCCCACGGCCCUCAUAUUUCUGGAGUCUUAGCAGGAGUCUCCCACCUCCGAGCCAGAGCCCCCAUAGGUCAUCGUUGCGCCGGCGAGGGGACGCUAUGCUGUGGACAAGGAGUCUGAUGAGCCCAGGGCUGCGUAUCAAAAUUUGCACAGGGCCUGAACGAGCCUUUUGUUCUUUUUUAUGAUUCGAAUCAGUACCUCUGCUCAGCAAAAUACUCGACUCUGGGAGCAAACGCUUUGUUGUCCACAAACGCUUGCAAUACCUAUAUGUACAUGCAACUCAAGCUGACUCUCAACAUAUGGACCGGCGAACAUCUGAUCUGGUAGAUUACUCGACAAAAUACCUGGCUACGGUGGUGGGAUAUACCAAUCUCGCGUGGACAUGUUUCUUUUUUUUUUUUUUCUUGCGUGUAAAGUAACGCUCAAAGUGUGCGCGUGCGUAUAACAAAAUUGCGAGGAGACGAUUCAAAGUGGUGUGCGUGCGAGUAUGGCUGUCGCGAUACCGAAGACAUCAACGAGAUUGAGAUGGUUGGUGGGAAGGCGAAAAAAAAAAAAUUUUCGCCAAAGGAGAUCAGAGGAGAAGACAGGCAAGAGGAACUUUCUGUGCCAAAGCAAUUAGCGACCCAGUGAAAAAUAUUUGGCUCUUUCGGAAUUAAGAAACACCGAAAAAAUUAAUCAAAAGUAAUACAGAUGCGGUACUGUGCUUUACAGCCAAAAAACUUAAGUACACAACACAUUGUAGAUACUUGCUAUGAUGGCAUACGCAUGUCUCUAGGUCUGAUCUGCGAAAGUGUGUAACGGGUGGGGCCGAGGUUUGUUGUUCUUCUCGUAUGACGUUUAUGUUCGGAAGGGGAGUUUCACUUAUGUUGUUUCAUAAAAGAGGAGUGCUAUCGAUGCACUCACUGUUGUUUACAGUAUAACAUUGUGUUGAAAUAAGGGCGGCGAUCGAGGAAUCCAAGCAGACCCUCAUUGUUACCAGCUAAAAAUAACACGUUGAUUGUAUAUACUUGGUUUCACGAAGAUGAUGGUACAUUGCUUUCAUUUCUCGAUUGCCGGAUGGAAUCUACGUAAUGGAAAAUAUCCUCGAGGUGUGCACCACGGUCGUGAAUGUAUCGCAAUUUCAUCGGCAAACCAAAGCAGAUUCGUUAAGCGAAAACAGCUGCGUUUAUGUUGUUAUAAAAUAGUGUAUGAUAUAUCCAAUAUGUUCGAGUUCGUAAGAUUACUUGAAAAUUGACUUGGCAAAAACGAUUACGAAAUUGUUUUAUAUGAUAAAAAUUCAAAAGAAUAAAUCUUCCAAGCCUCACUAUCGUAAGAUGUAAAAGAAAGAGUACGCGAUUAUUUUUUAAAUCGACAUAAGAUAAAAGCGCACAGGACUAAGUACGAUAGAUUCAAUGAAUUCCUCGGAAACUGCACGCCUAUAAUAUACCCUCGUGGUGCAGACCUGUUAAUUUUUUUACACUCAGCUUGCUUAUAACGAAAGAAACGUUUUUUAAUAACAAUAAUGUAAAAAAAAAAAAAGAAAAAAAAAAAGGUAGAAAAAUUCGUUACGUUGAUUGUUAAUGUGCCAAAGUAGUUAGUAAUGAGAAAAAGGCGCAAUCAAAGGCCUUGAGAUUAAAUAUUAUUUGAGAUUGAGAUAAGUAAAUUUGAUAUAAUAUAAUAUGAAUGAGCUCGUCGAAGAUUUCCGUGCCCGUUGUUGAAAAAAAAAAGUAUGUUCUUCUUAGAAAAGUUUAAAAGUAUAUACGAAAAACAGUUUUUUUUUGUCACUCAAGAGUUAUUUAUGAGAGUUAAGAUAGAUUAAGGUUGUUUGCUUGUUUGAGAACCACUAAAAAUGGAUACAGUUUAUUGCGUGAUAAUAUUGUUCCCGAAGCUUCAGGUAUUAUGUAAGAAACGAGAGUUUUAUAAUAUAAAAAUUUUUAAACAAAGUGUUUGAUCUCUGGUUACAAAUUUGUUGUUUGAAAGAAUAUUACUAUUAACCAUUUAUAUGUAGAAACAUUUAUUUUUGUUUACAAAGUGUUCAUAGUCUAAUAGAUAGUAAGACUUCCCAAAACCUCUGUACGUAAAGUUCGGAAGAUAAAAGCUAUGUGUAAAAAAAAAAAAAAAAAAAAAACAAAUGCGUUUGGGUGAAUUAAAUAAAUAAUUUAAACUUAGUAGACUAUCAAUAUUAGAAAAUCGUGAGUAGAUAAAAUUGGGCAUGGAAAUUUAUGUAUGAAUGUAAAGCAUCUCCUCAUAUUUUUUAUUUCGUAGUACGCACAAUAACGAUUGCAAAUUUAAAGUAAGUGACAUGAAAAUGAAAAAAAAAAAAAAAAAAAAAUACUGUUGAUGCACUGCUUUUAGGUAAAUGACGCCGUAGAUUGGGGGGGAAACAAAGGAAAACAAUUAUAGACCAAUUUUAAUGGGAUGUUCAAUUGAAGAAAAUUUUAAUUUACAGACGCCAACGCAAUAAAUCAAGUAUUCUUUUUUUUCUCUGUAUGAGAAAAAAUACAAGCGACAGCGCGAAAACUAUCUGGAAAUUUUUUUUUAGUCGAUCAAACGUUAUGGUUCAUGCGUGAAAUAUUUAUCUAAAAAAUCAUAUGAAAUAUUGCGAGUUUAUUUAUCACUUAUGAUGUACUCUAUACUUCAAAAUUUUAGAUAAGAAAUCUUUAGGCAAAAACAUGAACAAAACUUACUAAAAAUUGCAGUUUUGACAUGCUUUGACAGGCUUUCAUAAAGAGGGGUAUAUUUUUCAACAUUCUUUAUAAAAAAUGAAAAAAAAAUUACCUGUUAGAAAUAAAUAAAAAAAUAAUAUACGAUAGGUCGUGCAAUCCCAAAUAAUUCGGAAAUUUAAUAAUUAUAAAUAAUUUGAUUUAAGUAAGAAACUUUGAAAUUGAAUGUAAUUUUUAAAAGCCAUUUCUAGAUACUUUUCUAUGAGAUAUUAUGAUAUAAAAUUUUAUGUUAGUGCUCCGAUUUAAUUAAUUAGCAAUAUCAACUAAAAUUUUUAUGAGUUUCAGCAACUUUAACAUAAGCUAAUUUGAAAGUCAAUCAUGCAUGAACCACCUUAAAUUGAACGACUAAAAGAACAAUUUUUAUAAAUUCGGCAGGAUAGGGAAAUCAAUUCCGAGAAAAUCUCAAACACCGCGUGUGUAUGAAAAUCUGCAACGAAGCGUAAAACGUUUAUUUUUUGCCUUCACAUCGGUCGUUUGUUUGCGCAUAACGAUAUGCUAGUUAUAAGAACAUUCGUGCACUUACCGUUACUGCUUACACGCAUAUAAAAGUGGGCGAGUUUGCGGCGUCAAAACAAAGCUGUUGCGGCCAGUUUCUGACGGAACGAUUUUCCGGAAAACGCCAUGCGAUUAUAAUAUAAAUAUGUAACAAAAAAAAAGAAUAACGACGAUUAAGGGAAAAAGUACAGUUUCAAACAAACUGUAAGACAUUUUUUCAGAAAUAAAAAAUAAAAAAACAGAGCGAAACUUUUCCAAGGCGUCCGAGAAACAAAAAUAUUUUUAUAAGCGGCUUUCGAAAUACGCACAGUGUUUGAAUAGCCAAAAGAUUUCAGCUGACAUAUCUGAACAAUGCCUUACCGCUUUAUGUGUUGAAUAACGAACAAAUAAUUAACUAACAAAUAAACAAAAAUGUGUGACUAAAACCAUGUUUGUGAAACAUCACAAAUCCAGACAUCACAGCAUCGAUCGAAUACACUUUCAAGGAGAUUAAAGAAUGACGAUUUUCAAAAAUAUUACUACAAAAUAAUCGAGUUCUAUUUAACAGAUUGGAUCCAAUAUCAGUGAGUUUUAGUUAAUGUUUUUAUUGUAUUUAAUGUUUAAAAAUUCACUAGCCAUCUUUUGAAUUUUUUUUCGCUCAUUACACCCAUCUGCAGAUGUGAAAAGAAUAUCGACAUAUUUUUUUACAAUUUUUAUCCAAAUGAACAAUUAUGUCCAAAUUAAUUCAAAGAUUAUAUGUAACGUUAGAAAAUCAAUACUUAUAGUGUUCAAGUCAUAACGUAUCGAUACUUUACUCUUGACUCUGCCAUACAUCUUUACUUUGGAUUAAUAAGACUUAAAUUUAAACUAUAAAUUGAGUACAAAAUUUAUUGCGACACUUCAUUAAGAUUUCAUAAAAUAAAUAGUUAAUGAUUUCUGAAAUUCAUUGGAGUCAUUGGAAGCAAUCAUUCAAUUGCCCAAGUGGAUGGUAAAUUUAAUUAAAAAUCAUUAACUUGGCUAGCGAGGCGACAAAAAGCCAUCUCGAUUAAAUACUGUUAAAAUAAUAAAAGCCAUUUUAUUACUCACUUUAGCUUCUCUGAUGUUGGACUCAAGCAUUUUGUAUGAAGGUAAAACCCGCUCCAGACCUUUCUUCUCUUCCCCUCCCCCUCCACACAAAGUUUCAAGUUUGAAAAAAAAAUAAAAAUCUUUUUCAGACAAUGCACUUCUGAUAGCAAUGAGAUCUUUUGUUAAUACGGGAUAGCAUAAGGAAAAAACUUAGUAAAUAGCAUCCUUACUCUAGUUACAAUGAGCAAACUGUAGCUGUCGAUUUUAGAAUUUAGACUAACGUUUUGCAAAACAAAGUAUAAAUAUGAAAUUUUGAAAACGUAGGUACGUCUAUUCUAGAAAAAUGGUAGGUUUUAUUUUUUCAACAAAAUAACGAUGGAAAUACUCCAAUUCCGAUUCCUACAUUUCUCGAUAAGCAAAUGUCGUAUCUUGCAAAACUAAAUUUCGCUUUAAUAAAAAGUACUUAUGAAAUUAUGCAAGAUUGUGCUGCACAUUUUUUAAUAUUCAAGUGAUGAAGUGAGAAACUUGUUUAAUGUCUGACCAAAGAAAAAAAAUUGUGUAAAAAUAUAUUUAAUGGUACUGUUCUACGAAUCGAAACACAAUUCAUUGCAACUACGAAAUAAUACUGUAAAGGACUAAAGGUUCAAUAAAACUUGAAUACAAAUAUAUAAAUAAUAUAAACGCAAUGUUAAGGAGAUUCUGUUUGUUAUUUGUGAAACACUUAUACAAAUGUACAUAAAAAAAAAUUAAUAAACAAAUAAGGUGUCGCUCGUUCGUACUGCAUUUCAUGUAAUUAAAUAAUCUGUUUUUUGCAGCAACUAACAAUAUUUUUUUAAACGCAUGAUGGUAAGCGAUGAGUUUUCAUGAUUUGCAAUCGACGAAAAAAAAAAAGACGACGAAUGGUCACUCGUACAA